AGAGAUUUCGCAAUCCUCUCCUCUCCAUGUUCUAAACAAAAACACUCCGAGCUCACACAGACGGAAUUUAACUCCAACUUUCUACGUAAACUUUCUCUACUUUGACGGAUGGUUGACUCCGCAGCUGCCCCGUGAAGGCUCCAUUGAGGCGAAGAGUCUGAACUUCCGCUUCCUGUUGGCGUUCCAUCUUUGACCUGAGGAGACUCAGAGAUCAGCACCUGCAGGCAGCACAUCCAAAUGAGCCGGCCGUCGCAGCCGAAACUAACCACAGCUGACCACAACGGCGUGAGCGUCAUCCAGAGUCAGGCCCACGCCGCCGCUUCCUCCUCCUCUCUGCCGGCGGCCGUAGCCGGACUGCAGCAGGUCCCCCAGCUCGUCCCCGCGAACCCUUCGGCUGGAGGCGGUAAGGCCCUCCCCCCCAGCAAGAUGAAGAAACCCCACGCAGACAAGGACAGCGAGGAGUACCGCCAACGCCGCGAACGCAACAACCUGGCGGUGAAGAAGAGCCGCAUGCGCAGCAAACAGAAGGCGAUGGACACGCAGCAGCGCGUCAACGAGCUGAAGGAGGAGAACGAGCGUCUGGAGGCCAAGAUCAAACUGCUGAGCAAAGAGCUGAGCGUGCUCAAAGACCUCUUCCUGGAGCACGCCCACAACCUGGCCGACAACGCUCAGCCGCCCGCCGGAGCCGAGGGCUCCAGCCCCGCCCCCAACAACGCCUCCACCAACGGGCAGUGAGGGGCGGAGCCACGUCUUUGGUUUCAGGAGCAUCGUUUGCUUCAGCUCUUCUGUCACUUCUCACUUUGGAAACACGGCCUCGAAUCUUCUUCACUGCCUUUCUUCAGUUUAUUAGUUAUUUACUCAUAUUUAAUCCCCUCGUCCCCCAAAUCUCCACCAGAGUUCCCACAAUCCUCCUGGAAAACUUGAAAAGUUUAUUUAUUUUCAAACGCUGGAGAAAUUCUGAAAAAUGAAACCAGGAGCUGAAGUUUUGGAAAAAAUGGUGCAGUUCUAGUUAAAGAUCAAUAAAAACUUCCUGAAUUUGUAACAUUUGACUCAAACUGAAGUGAAACCAGUUCCAGUUCGUGUCGGUGAGUCACAUCCUGUCAUGGAAAGGUUUUGGACUUUGAUGUGUGGCAGAAGGUGAACAGACUGUGAAGGGUGAUUGAUUGAUUGAUUUAUUGAUUGGAGGAGUGUGAGGUGAUGUGAGCUCCUACAAACUGAGACGACGUCCAAUCAGGAUUCACACUGAACGAAUCAGAGAAACUGGACCGGCAGACGUCGGUGGGACCCGCCGUCUCUGUGUCAUGGUGGCUCAUUUGAAACGGGCCGUAUGUGGACGAACUCAGUGCGCCGCCGCCGCCGCCGCCACAGGAUGAACAUGUAAAUCGUCAGAUUCCCUUUUUUAGGAUGUGUAUUUUCUUCUGUUAUUCUACAAAGAAUUUUUUAAAAAUGUCAAGUUAAAGAGAAUUUUUAUGUGGUAUGUUCACUACAUGGUGAUGCUUUAAGGACAAUUCUGGGUCGCAGCCGGGUCUUUGAUUAUGAUUCACAUUAUUUUAAGACUCAGCAUCAAUACUGAAAAAGACCUUUCUGAUGCAUUACUCUGCAGAGUAUAAACAAUGAGGGGGGGCCUCAGUGUGACCCCCGGCCCUCCACACAGAAACACCAGAACUGUCCUUUACAGAAUCUCUUUCAAUGUUUGCUGUCUGAACGUUCGGUGAGUCCAGUCUUUCCUUUCACCUCCUGGGCCACCCUGACAUAUUUGUGGCUGAUGUAUCUGCAGGUGAGCUCACCUGUUGGUCCACAGAGCAAACCAGGUCCAGCUGGAAUAUGUUCCAGAAGGUUUUUCUUUUAGAAAGUCUCGAAGAAGACAAGCACAAGAGAAAAUGUUCGAGUUUUCAAUGUUUAUGAUCAAUCAAAUCAACCAACAGUCACUGAUUCAUUUAUUGAUCUAUUUUUUGGGGGGGGGUGAAUCUUAAAAUAACAUCCAGGAAGUGUUCACUCUUCAGUUUCCUUUGAGACGAAUCAGAGAACAGCAGCAGCAGCUUGUCUGAGCUUCCACUGAUCGAUAACAUCAACUGGCCACAAAUAUGACAACAAGGCCCAGGUUGUGAUUAAAAACAGAGAUCUGUGCAGUAAUCUGCCGUUUUAUGGCCCCGCCCGGCCCCCCACCCGCACGUCCGUGCAGGGCGGACCCCGACGCCUCAGGUGGAUCAGACACUCGAGGCCAGCCGCGGUUUGAACUAAAUCCACAUUUAAACCAGGCCGGGUUGGUCGCCGUCUGCAGAUGCGGUCGUUGCAGAUGGGGACGGGCCUCCACCUGAGGGCGGGGCCGCGGCCUGUUGUUGUCAGACUUUAUAAUUAUGUGAGCUUUGUGCGGGCGUGGAGCGUUUCCCACAGGAUUUGUCUGUCAGGAGCUUUGCCUCCCUGCAGGAAUGUUGUCUGAGUCCUGCUGCUCCUGAGCCACUCAGCUCAGCGUUCCACCAGUGUUCCCAACAGGUUCUGCACUGCAAACCUCUGAAAAGUCUCUGAAAAAGUUCUGUCACAAGCCGGCUGUGGUGAGGCAUAACUAAUAUUUGAACAUUUUCUAGUCCAGUCCUCAGCGAUGGAAGCGUAGUCUCACAGGUGGACACUGGGUGGAUGAAUGAGUGAACCUGUCUCAGCCAGUGCGGGGGGCUGUUUUGAAUGCUACAGUACCCAUGAGCCUCUGCUGCUGAAGCCAGACGCUGUCAUAGUUACUGACUUGAUCCAGAAUCUGAUCCAGGAUCUGACAGCGAGCUGAUUGAAACCUUCAGCUCUGUGAUUGGCUGCCUGUGAGUCACAUGCACCGUGGGAGUUGUAGUUGACCUCAGUGUUCAUGUAGCAGAUUUCUUGUAGCAGUUGUUCAUCAGCAGCAGAGUUGAAGUCCGUCACAGACUGUCAGUCGCUCUGAUGGGGGCCUCUGGUGAGGCUGACUCUGACAGUGAAGAGCUGAAUCAGCUGAUAUUUGUUUGGUUCACACAGUUCCAGCUUGUGGGAAACGUGUCGUACGGCUGUGGGAACGUUCGGCCUUCAUCUUUUUCACUUUUCUAUUGUUCGUUUUUCUACUUUGAUUCCAAAAAGCAGCAUGUUCAUAAUGAACCCUUUGCAUGGGGGGUGUCAGAUGAAAAAUAUUCUGACAGAUAAAUUAAGAAACACAGAUUGUUUUCUGUCGUGCUGUCUUCUGUAAAAUGACCUGUGCUGGGAUGUUUGUCAUGUUUGCUUUGGUCUGAAUGUUGCUGGGCAGCAUUUCUGUCGUCACUAAGCUUUUUUAUAUCAGAGGAAUCUGGGGAAACGUGCAUUGUAAAUUAAAAUUCAGUAUAAAAGUUCA